AUGCGGCGUUACAUUCGUGCAUUCCUCUUGUGCAUGUUGUUUGCCGUGUUCUCGGCCUUGUACGUGUAUAGUAAACUAUUUUAUUUCGAUCUGUCGGUCGGAGGAGGAGGAGUGGGUGGGAGGACUUUCCUCCAUCGAGUCGCGGCCUCUCAGCGAAGGGACAUUGGACAAGAAACCAGGCGAGGGCCGGACAAAACAGGCCCCGGCGAUGAACACUGGUACACUAGGUAAUAGUUACACUGCUUAUUCGAUUGUAAUAAACUUCAAAAGGCUUUAAAAAAAUGAAUGCAUAACUGUCCUGGUGAAAAAUAAUUUCCUCUGCAAGCAAUGUAUUGGAAUGUGCUCCAUUGACAUAUGUGUUCUCCACAAUAGUAUCAGGUGAAAGUGUUUUUCAUCAAGUUGUCUCUUUGUGAAACAAUGUUGCUACAACAAGAUACAAGACACAUUGUAACAAUUCCUCUGGCUAACUUGUUGCAUCCUAUCCCACUUUCACUAUGGUCAUGGCCAUUGUGUACUUGCAGUUCCAGCACAAACAAAUACAUUAGAUCAAUUGCUGCUUGCAAAGACAUGUAAAUAUAUCAAAAUAUAUCUGGGCAAAAAAAACUCUAUAUAGCAUUUAUGUACCUGUAAUAAAGAAACAUACGUUUUUUUUCUGCAUAGAAGUUGACUGGUCGAACUAGUUUCACUAGCGCGCAUGGUGGUUCAAUAACGUAUCUUUCUUCUUGCCUUGAUUAUUGAGAAUGUCCCCAACAUCAAGAGUGACACAGCUUUAUUUUCAUAGCUGAUUGGUUUUCCUUCACCCUUUUUACCAACCCUUUGAGGUGUGACUGGCUGAGCUACCAGUUUACAUUACAGAUGUCUUGAGACAAGCGCAUGUGGGCAUCAGUCAGUAGUUACACCAGAAAAGCAUUAGCACGGAAUAGUUGGAAACAGUUGACACUAUAAAAUAAUAUUCAGAAAACAGAUAAAAUACUUGGAAAACAGAUUGCAGUUGUCUCUCUACUGGGUUGCUAAGCAACCCCUAUUUUCAUUCAUGCACACCAGGAUGUGCAAUUAAAUGGGUGGUUAUAGCCUUUAACAGUUUGUUACAGUUGACAAACUAGUGUGAAUGACAAACAAGAUAAUCGGGUUGCCUAGACAAACAACCCCCCCUUCUCUUCCCUCCUACAACAACUUUUAAAUGCUAACCUUACUGCUUUGUUCCUCUUCAGUCAAGCAAGGGAUCUCUGUCAAAUAUUCAGUUUAGCUGGCGGUGGCAGGCAUUUGGUUGGCUUUUCAAAUCCUCUCAGACCCUCUCAAAUAUUUACUUUAGAUAUGAGACUUGGAGGUUGGGAGAGAGGAGGGGAAUUACAGGGCAAAGAGCUGUUCGCCUGGCAAGAGAAGUCUACAAGCAUGCCACCCUCAUUGUUUGGAAGAGCAGAACAGCACUAAGUGAAGAGAUGCUGAACCAGUUGGUGAACCUGACACAAAUCAUUGACAGAGGAAGGUUUUAACCUUUUUAAAUUAAACAAACUUUGAUUUAACUCUGGCAUAAAUCUCUUUAUUUGCAGGUACAUCAUGAGGAAAGCAGGGGGCCGUGUUAGGACGGCUGCACCCAUGCAUCUGGCUGUAGUGGCCUGUGGACAGAGACUAGAGGAGACACUCACCAUGCUGAAGUCUGCUGUUAUGCUCAGCAUCAAACCACUGUGUCUGCACAUCUUUGCUGAAGACCAGCUGCACGCCAGCUUUAUAGAAGCUGUGAGUAGGACUGGAUAGAGGACUAGGCCUAUAGCCUAUGAUUGGAGUCAUAAUAAUGUGGUAGUAAUGAGAUGUGAUAAUGACGUUGUAAUAUUACAUGCCCUAAUAUGAUAAUGUAAUAGCAUCUACAUCACAACUCUAGCAUGUAGGCUUCAACAGAAUCCCAUUUGGUCCAGUGCACAUGUAAUGAACACUUUUAUGAUGUAUCAGAAGUACACACUGAGAGGACAAAACAUUAAGAACACCUGCUCUUUACAUUUGAGUCAUUUAGCAGACGCUCUUAUCCAGAGCGACUUACAGGAGCAAUUAGCCUUGCUCAAGGGCACAUCGACAGAUUUUUCACCUAGUCAGCUCGAGUAUUAGAACCAGCGACCUUUCGGUUACUGGCACAACGCUCUUAACCACUAAGCUACCUGCUCCAUGACAUAGACUGACCAGGUGAAUCCAGGUGAAAGCUAUGAUCCCUUAUUGACGUCGCUUGUUAAAUUACAUUUACAUUUACGUCAUUUAGCAGACGCUCUUAUCCAGAGCGACUUAAAUCCACUUCAAUCAGUGUAGAUGAAGGGGAGGAGACAGGUUAAAGAAGGAUUUUCAAGCCUUGAGACAAUUGAGACAUGGAUUGUGUAUGUGUGCCAUUCAGAGGGUGAAUGGGCAAGACAAAAUAUUUAAGUGCCUUUGAACGGGGUAUUGUAGUAGGUGCCAGGCGCACCGGUUUGUGUCAAGAACUGCAACACUGCUGGGUUUUUCACGCUCAACAAUUUCCUGUGUGUAUCAAGACUGGUCCACCACCCAAAGGACAUCCAGCCAACUUGGCACAACUGUGGGAAGCAUUGGAGUCAACAUGGGCCAGCAUCCCUGUGGAACGCUUUCAACACCUUGUAGAGUCCAUGCCCUGACGAAUUGAGACUGUUCUGAGGGCAAAAGGGGGUGCAACUCAAUAUUAGGAAGGUGUUUUCUUUUUUCUUUCAAUUAAGCCCUAGACAACCAGGUGAGGGGAAUUCUUUACUAAUUAGUGACCUUAAUUCAUCACUCAAGUACAAGGGAGGAGUGAAAACCCACAGACACUCGGCCCUCCGUGGGAUGAGUCUGACACCUGUGGCCUAGAGGUUAUCUAUCUUGUCUAUAAACAUUUGAGUGUUUGCCUCUCUCUUUUAAACCUCCAUGUAAUAACACCUGUCUGUUUGUCUUGUUCUGUGUUUAGUUGGAGUCGUGGCCAGGUCCGUUCCGCUCCAGGUUUAACUACACUAUGUACCCCAUCACCUUCCCCAAUGAGAACGCUGGAGAGUGGAAGAAACUCUUCAAACCAUGUGCUUCUCAGAGACUGUUCCUACCUGUGAGUUUCAUAGCUGGAGAAAUACUAUUUUCUUUAAUUAAAUAUUAGCAUGAUGUUGAUUUCCAGGGCCUCAAAAUAAUGUCUUAGAGUGACUGUAAAAGUGUGACUAAAAGUGUGACUGUAAAUGUGUACACUGCUAACUGAGGUGUCUGUGUUUCUGAUUCUCUCUGUCGUCUUCAGUUGAUCCUAAAGGAGGUGGACUCAGACAUCUUGUUCCUGGCCUCUGACCUCUAACCUCUAUCUCUGUCCCCCAGCUCAUCCUAAAGGAGGUGUACUCUCUAGUCUAUGUGGACUCAGACAUCUUGUUCCUGGCCUCUGACCUCUAACCUCUAUCUCUGUCCCCCAGCUCAUCCUAAAGGAGGUGGACUCUCUAGUCUACAUGGACUCAGACAUCUUGUUCCUGGCCUCUGACCUCUGACCUCUAACCUCUAUCUCUGUCCCCCAGCUCAUCCUAAAGGAGGUGGACUCUCUAGUCUACGUGGACUCAGACAUCUUGUUCCUGGCCUCUGACCUCUAACCUCUAUCUCUGUCCCCCAGCUCAUCCUAAAGGAGGUGGACUCUCUAGUCUACGUGGACUCAGACAUCUUGUUCCUCCAGCCUGUGGACGCUCUGUGGUCCCUGCUCGUUCACUUCAACGCUACCCAGCUUGCCGCCAUGGCGCCGGAGCACGAGGAGCCACGUAUCGCCUGGUACAACCGCUUCGCCCGUCACCCCUACUAUGGCAGGACGGGCAUCAACUCUGGGGUCAUGCUCAUGAACAUGACCCGCAUCAGGGCCACAUACUUCAAGGUAAUAUAAACUUCGACCAACAGAGGUCACCAUUGCAAUACAAUCAGAUUUAAUGUCAUCCAGAGACAGGAGAAGAGACAUUUUCUACAAAUAUAUUAUCCCUGUUGAAUGAAUGACAAAUAAAACUCAUAAUGAAGAUGUUUGCGCAGGCUCUUCGAUUUUACACAAUGUAACACCCCCCUGUCCUGUUCUGUGUGAUCAGAAUGACAUGACGUCAGUGGGUCUGAGGUGGGAGGAGCUGCUGAUGCCACUGCUGCAGAAAUAUAAACUAAACAUGACCUGGGGAGACCAGGACCUGCUCAACAUCAUCUUCCAUCACAACCCUGGUGAGACUCCCAGCUCAGCUCCUCCCUUAUCACACCACGUGAUGACAUACAUGACAUAUAGACAGUGUAUAGGGUUGUUAUAGUCGACAUAUAAACUAAACAUGACCUGGGGAGACCAGGACCUGCUCAACAUCAUCUUCCAUCACAACCCUGGUGAGACUCCCAGCUCAGCUCCUCCCUUAUCACACCACAUGAUGACAUACAUGACAUAUAGACAGUGUAUAGGGUUGUUAUAGUCGACAUAUAAACUAAACAUGACCUGGGGAGACCAGGACCUGCUCAACAUCAUCUUCCAUCACAACCCUGGUGAGACUCCCAGCUCAGCUCCUCCCUUAUCACACCACAUGAUGACAUACAUGACAUAUAGACAGUGUAUAGGGUUGUUAUAGUCGACAUAUAAACUAAACAUGACCUGGGGAGACCAGGACCUGCUCAGCAUCAUCUUCCAUCACAACCCUGAGGAGACUCAACACAUAGCUGGUUUAACACACCAUUCAAUAUGAUUAGAAACGUGAACCUCUGAAAUGGAAUAGUUGGGGCAGGGAUCCCAGCGUCAGCCCUCCAGGGCAGCAGUGUGUUGUCUUGUCUUAUUGUUUACCUGGCUAAUAAGGUGUGUGGAGAUGCCAACUGAGCUCCAGGGUGAUGAGAAAAGCAGGAGUAUUAGACUUGUGCCCCUCUAAACUAGCCCUAGUCUCUCCCCCUCCAGAGUGUCUGUUGGAAGUCCCCUGCCACUGGAACUACCGUCCAGACCACUGUAUCUACGGCAGUAACUGUGGCUCCGCGGAGGAGGAGGGUAUCUUUAUCCUGCACGGGAACAGAGGAGUGUACCAUGACCUCAAACAGCCUGCCUUCAGAGCUGUCUACGAUGCCAUACGACAGGUAGGCUAAACGAUCACAGAGCAGUGUUCUCUACAACGCCAUACGACAGGUAGGCUAAACGAUCACAGAGCAGUGUUCUCUACAACGCCAUACGACAGGUAGGCUAAACGAUCACAGAGCAGUGUUCUCUACAACGCCAUACGACAGGUAGGCUAAACGAUCACAGAGCAGUGUUCUCUACAACGCCAUACGACAGGUAGGCUAAACGAUCACAGAGCAGUGUUGUCUACAACGCCAUACGACAGGUAGGCUAAACGAUCACAGAGCAGUGUUGUCUACAACGCCAUACGACAGGUAGGCUAAACGAUCACAGAGCAGUGUUCUCUACAACGCCAUACGACAGGUAGGCUAAACGAUCACAGAGCAGUGUUACUACAACGCCAUACGACAGGUAGGCUAAACGAUCACAGAGCAGUGUUGUCUACAAUGCCAUACGACAGGUAGGCUAAACGAUCACAGAGCAGUGUUGUCUACAACGCCAUACGACAGGUAGGCUAAACGAUCACAGAGCAGUGUUGUCUACAACGCCAUACGACAGGUAGGCUAAACGAUCACAGAGCAGUGUUGUCUACAACGCCAUACGACAGGUAGGCUAAACGAUCACAGAGCAGUGUUGUCUACAAAGUCAUACGACAGGUAGGCUAAACGAUCACAGAGCAGUGUUGUCUACAAUGCCAUACAUCAGGUAGGCUAAACGAUCAAAGAUCUACGACGCCACAUGACAGGUAAACCAAACAAUCACAGAGCAGUAUUAUAGCCCGCCUUCAGGGCCGUCUACGACGCUAUACGACAGGUAAACCAAACAAUCACUAAUCAGGGUUUCCAGAUGGGAAAACAACUUGAUUGUCUUUCAUUGAUUGUGUAUUAGGUGUGUAAGGAAAUGUUUGUUUGUGUGUCCAGACCUCUUCUAUGCAGAUCUCCACAAGUUUCAGUGUUGAGUGAAACACAUUUCCUCAUAAGGAUGUGUUCUAAAUGAUCAGUUGUUUUAAUGAUAUCGACUACAGUGGGCAUUUGUUUAAUGACGUCAUCAAUGUCCAGGUUUGUGUUGCUUUCCUAUUAACUAAGCAUCGAGCAUCUAUCAGAAAGAUGCCUGGUCAAUAUUGUGUCUUUGCCUCUCAGUACAUCUGACACACACACACAUACACACAUACACACACACACACACACACACACACACACACACAAACACACACACACAAACACACACACACACACACACACACACACACACACACACACCUCAUACAUAAUAUCUGAGAGUAUUAAAGCCACAGUAAAACCAAGGCCCAGGAAAGAGCAGUAAAGUUUUAGUGCUGAUGGUACAUUUACAAGCUCAAUCUCCACUAGCACAGUGUUCCAUCAUCCACAUAAAAACAAUACACACAUUGGAAAUGGAGCUUUAUGACCGGUGGGGGGGGGUAUGUGUGCCUUAACUUUUAGUAACCCAAUAUCAGGGACUGAACCAAAUGAGAGGACGUAAAAUAGUAAUUCACUUUGAUUUCCUGUGAGUGCUGCAAAGGUUCUUCCAUUAUUGGGAAGAGGGGAAGACUGGUUCUGGAUCUGUAGCUGGACUGAGGAGGAUAAUAAAGUGUGAUUUAACCACGUUGAGGGUUUUAUCUCUCUACAACACCUCAGCCGCUUCAGGAACUCUUAUUCUAAUGAAAAGAAAGUCUUUCUUAGGCUUUAUACAUAUUAAACACGUUUCACUGCCCGUCUAUUUCAUCACACUUUAAAAGCAUACAAUGAUGUGAAUCGUAAGAUGGUGAAUUGUAAUAAUUGUAAGUCGCUCUGUAUAAGAGCUGCCAAAUGACUAAAAUGUAAUGAAUUUUCUGUCCAUAGCUGUAGUAGAUAUCUAUAACUGUGGACAUCAGAUUUAGGGCCUGUUUGAUAACAGAAUGUUAUAUUUCUCAGUACUCGUUUGGGGAGGAUCCUGUGAGCUCCCUGCUGGUCCCACUGGAAGAAGAGCUGUUGAAGACUACCCGUUCAUACUGUGGUAAAUCACAUGUUCUGUUUACUAAGAGACUGGCUGACAGCCUGGCCAACGUCAACAGAGAUGCUCAGCGUCCACAUGGACGGUAGUCUGAUGUACUGGGCCUCCAGACUGUCCUAUAGUGUUGUCAUGGUCAGACAGAUGGUAGCCUGGGUCCUGUUCAUUGGAGCGCAAUGUAGCAAAACAGUUUGUAACGGAAAAACGAAAAUGGGUGUUUCUUAUUGGACAAGUUGAGAUAGUGCCUGCUCUGUUUCAUUUCAUGGUCUUCUGUCUCAUGCCUACUGGGCACCUACAGUGUCUACAGAUACAUGGUUGAAGGAAGAGACUACAUGGACAUUGGUGACUUCAUAUGCUGGAGAUACAUACUGUUUGUGUGAAGAAUGACUGUCAUCACUACAGAUCCCAUAUCUUGUUCAGCGUUUCUCUGGACAAAGUCAUCUAUAUAGUAGGCUAUAUGGUAUUUCCAGUGCUGAUGAGGUACUACUUUAAUAGUGCUGUCUGCUGUAUGUAAGAGGCCUUGCUAUCCAUAUUGGAGAAUUGGCCACAAUGGUCUUAUCCGGCCUGCAGGACAUGACUAAACUGAAACAGUCUUUCUAAGCUAAAUUGUACCUCUCCUAUUGACAAAGAGCUACUCUGAGCUUUCUGCCGUAAUGUGAACAGCAUAGUGCCAUGAGAGAAGAAGGCGGCACAGACCAGAAGCUAUUUUGGAGUUUGCUUUAUCUCAAAUGCACUUUCCCCUUUAUAUAUUAAGAUAAGUGGAACACAAUGCAGCAAAGAUGAGGAUGAAUGGGAGUUCUGGAUGUUUUCAGUUGUUUAUUGUCGUUCUUUAGUUUUUGUUUCAGUAUUUGUUUACUUAAGAAAUAGUUACAACCAGUUCAACUAUUGCCUUCUCUCUGUAUACACUUUUCUUUGUUGUAAAGAUUUUAUUCGCUUUAAUGUGGAUGAAGCCGUCCAUAUUUUUUGCACUGAUCGAUUUCAUAUAUUUAGAAAAGUCUGUGUUACUUUGAUGGUAUGGGCAAUUCUGUCCUUAAAACAUGCUGGAAUAUUGUCUUUGAAGAACCACUUUUGCUCUGCAGUCAGUCAGUUUUAAUGUGUUGAUUUAUUGUUCAGACGACAGAUUGUGUUACUGUUGUACAUUAGUUUGUGUUGUGUUUAUAGCUAAUGCCAAAGUUUUUUGCACUAUUGAAUGUAUGUUGGAAACAAUGACUGUCAAAACAAACAACUUCCUUCCGUCUGUCAUAGAAGAAUGAUCUUCUUGAAAAUGUUUAGUCAUUUUUACAAUACUUAUCUUCCUUAUGUUUACUUUGUGUGUUUUUUAUGUGUAAACAGGAAAAUGCAGUAUAUUUUGUACCAUAAAGGUAGGACGCACCUUUUUGCAUACGUCUCUCACUGUAUCUUAACCAAUACCUAAUGUAUUCUGUUAAAUCCAGUAGUACGCAAUUUGAUAGUUUGCCACCAGAUGGCAGCAUUUAUGCAUCAUGCACAGCAGUUAGCUAGACUAGAGAGAGACCGUAUCAACGUCAGGUUCACCUAUUACAUUGAGGGGGAUUCAUGACUAAAUGUGGGAGAAAUAUACACAGUUUACAAAAUGUAUGCCAUCAAAAUAUCUAUGCAUCAAUAACGGUAUGGGGUGCUGCCUGUGCUGUCUAGAUGGGAGUCAAUCUGUCAAUAAAUCAAGUAUAAAUGCUUUAUGAGUGUGCCUACAGUUAACACCUACAUAGUGGAGAUAGUAUUUUACAACUAUUCACGAUGUCAACAUUAAUGUCUGAUAUUCCCUGCCAAAGCCCUAAUAACUCUUGUGAAGUAGUGCUUGGCAUGUGGCUUGGCUAUUAUCUCCGUUGAUUGUUUCAUCACCUCAACUUCAAGCAAACGACGGUACAAACUCCUAGCCACCAGCGGUGGUCCUAUUAGAUUGUUCGAUUUUCACUGAUGCUCAGCAUCUUUUAAUUUAUUCCGCGAAGGUUGAGGACUUGAGCUAGAUUGAUGGCAUGUUUCUAUAGCCGUUCCUCGCAGAUCAAUAUAACAGCAAAUAAUCUAUGACCUGACCAUCUGGGGCACCGGUAUCUUUGUCUCUGCUUUG